AUGACAUUUCAAGCAGAAUUAGACAGAAUUAAUAAAACGGGAAAGAAGGAUAGAUUAGGGCAAAUUUCUACCCCCUCCCAUAUCGCUACUUUUAUGGCAGAAUUAAUAGUUGGUAAGGAUACGGAUUUGACUGAUAAAACGGUGCUAGACCCUUGUGUUGGCACAGGAAAUCUCUUAAUUUCUCUGCGAGGCAGAGGAACAAUUUUAGUAGGUAACGAUGUUGAUAAAGAAGCCUUAGAAACUUGUAAACAAAGAAUACCAGAAGCAAUAUUAACUAAUUGCAAUAUUUUUUUAUGUGUAAAUCCAAAAUUAGUUAUUAAAGAUAGUGAAAAGAAAAUGGUUGAAUUGCAUGAGGAACACCGAAAACUUUUAUCCAAGGAAAAACUAGAUAAAGAAGAAACAAAAAGGAUUAAAAAAAUCUCUUUGGAGGUUGAAGAAAGAAUAAAAUUGAUUGAAGAGAAUAAAAAAGUUAAACCUUGA